AUGUUAAUUCUAGUGGGAAACGUGCAGGGAACAAUGAGUUCUCUUGCGUCUCCAGUGAGUUUGGGGAGCCUCAUGGGUGUGAGUUCCUCUGGAAGGUCUCAUUCUUUGGUGAGGAGGGUCUCUCUUUCCAGAGGGAAUUGUAAGGGGAGAAAGAGAUGGCAUUGUUUAUCAUUGUCUGUGUGUAGAUAUUCAGUGACCGCAACUGAUUUUAUUGCUGACCAAGGGAACUCAGUGUCUCUUGAUUCUAACAGUAGUAGUAGUAGUAAGGGUGGUGAUGAUGAUGGUGCUGGCUUUGUGCUUAAGCCUCCUCCAAAGCCUGUGUUGAAGUCCCCAGAGAAUAAGGGUGAUCCCAUUUUGGGGCCCUCAAGGACUACUGGGGAUGUGGAAGAGAGAAAUAAGGUUAUUGAAUCACUUGGGGAGGUGUUGGAGAAGGCGGAAAAGCUGGGGAAUUCUAAGGUGAAUGGUGAUAAGAAUAAUGGUUCUGUGAAUAAACCAGUUAGGAGUAAUGCUGGUGCUAGUCCUAGGGCUGAGAAACCGGUGAAUUCAGCAACAGCUCAGAAGUCUAAAACCUUGAAGAGUGUAUGGCGUAAAGGGGACACUAUUGCAUCAGUGCAGAAGGUUGUGAAGGAAGUACCAAAGCCUAAUUAUAACAAGAAUGAAGAGGAGAAGUCUCAAACUAGGAGAGGGGAGAAGGUGGUUGCUCAAACUCGUGCUCCCCAACCACCUUCGAAACCUCAACCACUGUCGAAACCUCAACCACCGACGAAACCUCAACCGGCAUUGCUAUCAAAACCUUCUAUAGCUCCCCCACCUGUCAAAAAACCUGUUGUCUUGAGGGACAAGGGAGCAGCUGAAACAUCAGUUCAAUCUAAAGAAAAGAAGUCACCCAUCUUGAUUGACAAGUUUGCUUCCAAGAAACCAGUAGUUGAUCCUCUAAUUGCGCAAGCAGUUCUAGCCCCUCCAAAACCAGGAAAGGUGCCUCCCCCGGGAAAGUUUAAAGAUGAUUUCCGGAAGAAAGGUGCUCUGGCUGGGAGUGGACGAAGAAGACGAAUGUUGAAUGAUGAAGAUGAUACUGAUGUGAUUAAUGAUGCAUCAGAACUUGAUGUGUCUAUUCCUGGUGCCACAACAGCAAGAAAAGGAAGGAAAUGGAGCAAAGCUAGUCGAAAGGCAGCAAGACUCCAGGCUGCCAGGGAUGCAGCUCCUGUCAAAGUAGAAAUUCUAGAGGUUGGUGAGACUGGUAUGCUGGUGGAGGAAUUGGCCUACUGUUUGGCAACCAGUGAAGGUGAAAUCCUUGGUUAUCUAUACUCCAAGGGGAUUAAACCAGACGGGGUACAAACUCUAGAUAAAGAUAUGGUAAAGAUGAUUUGUAAAGAGUAUGAUGUUGAAGUCAUAGAUGCUGACCCGGUCAAAGUUGAAAGUUUAGUGAAGAAAAGAGAAAUCCUUGACGAAGAUGACCUCGAUAAACUUAAAGAUAGGCCUCCUGUUAUCACCAUUAUGGGCCAUGUAGAUCAUGGCAAGGUUAGUACUCUACAACCCUUUUGGAUUAUAUACGGAAGACCAAGUUGUUUCAAUGCUGAUUGGACUAUGGUAGCUGCUUCUGAAGCUGGUGGGAUCACACAAGGAAUUGGGGCCUAUAAAGUGCAAGUUCCUGUUGAUGGCAAGAAGUUGCCCUGUGUUUUCCUUGACACUCCUGGACACGAGGCAUUUGGAGCCAUGAGAGCUCGUGGAGCAAGUGUAACAGACAUUGCUAUUAUUGUUGUGGCUGCUGAUGAUGGAAUUCGUCCUCAAACAAAUGAAGCUAUUGCUCAUGCCAAAGCAGCGGGAGUACCCAUAAUCAUUGCUAUAAACAAGGCAUGUCAACAUAAUAUAGAUAAAGAUGGAGCAAAUCCAGAACGAGUCAUGCAAGAGCUUUCUUCAAUUGGUUUAAUGCCAGAAGACUGGGGUGGUAACAUCCCGAUGGUUCCGAUAAGUGCUCUUAAAGGGAAGAAUGUAGAUGAUCUUUUGGAAACUGUUAUGCUUGUUGCUGAGUUGCAAGAGCUGAAAGCUAAUCCUGAUAGAAGUGCGAGGGGAACAGUCAUUGAGGCAGGGCUAGAUAAAUCAAAGGGACCAUUUGCUACUUUUAUUGUGCAGAACGGCUCCCUCAGACGGGGUGAUAUUGUAGUUUGUGGAGAAGCUUUUGGAAAGGUGCGGGCUUUAUUUGAUGAUGGUGGAAAGCGUGUUGAUGAAGCUACACCUUCUAUACCUGUACAGGUUAUUGGAUUGAAUAAUGUUCCUAUUGCUGGUGAUGAAUUUGAGGUUGUUGAAUCCCUUGAUAGUGCACGUGAAAAGGCAGAGGCUCGUGCUGAGUCAUUGCGAAAUGAGCGUAUUUCGGCAAAGGCAGGAGAUGGCAAGGUCACCCUUUCUUCCUUAGCUUCAGCAGUUUCCUCAGGAAAGCUGUCUGGACUUGACUUGCAUCAACUUAAUAUUAUUUUGAAGGUUGAUUUUCAGGGAUCUAUUGAAGCUGUCAGAAAAGCUCUGCAGGUGCUACCACAAGACAAUGUCACACUGAAGUUUUUGUUGGAAGCAACAGGUGAUGUAAACACUAGUGAUGUGGACCUUGCAGUUGCAAGCAAGGCCAUCAUUUUGGGAUUUAAUGUGAAAGCACCAGGCUCUGUGAAAAGCUAUGCAGAUAACAAAGUGGUUGAGAUUAGAUUAUACAGAGUUAUUUAUGAAUUAAUUGAGGAUGUACGAAAUGCAAUGGAAGGGCUCCUAGAACUUGUUGAGGAACAAGUAACAAUUGGUUCAGCGGUAGUACGAGCUGUAUUCAGCAGUGGCAGUGGUCGUGUUGCUGGAUGCAUGGUUACAGAAGGAAAGGUAUUAAAAGAUUGUGGUAUUCGAGUCAAGAGGAAGGGAAAAAUAGUCCAUGUUGGAAUUAUUGAUUCUUUGAGACGAGUGAAGGAAAUUGUUAAAGAGGUAAAUGCUGGUCUUGAGUGUGGAAUUGGGUUGGAAGACUUUGAUGAUUGGGAAGAGGGUGACAUUCUUGAAGCCUUCAACACAGUUGAGAAGAAGAGGACCCUUGAAGAGGCUUCAGCAUCAAUGGCAGCUGCUGUGGAGGGAGUUCCAGUUGAAAAGACGUAUUUCUCUCCAAUUGAUGUUAUGACAUUGGGGAGAGGUAACAACAAUUCCCUCAUCACUCACUAUAUUGAAACUGAGGUUGCCACUGCUGAAGAUCUGAGUUCAAAAUGA